AUGAUUAGAAAUAAUAAACGAGCGACUCAUUAUCGUCCACCGAACCCAGCAACGUUAAAGUUACGUUCUGAAAGUACUUGGGACAUCAAUGACGUGAUUAUACCAAUUGUGAAUGAAUUUGAUGAUUUCGAUGAGUGGGUCGACGGUCAUCGCCGUUUAGUAUAUUGUGCUUCCAAUGAAGAUGCUAAAAAGCAUUCUUCAGGCUGGGCAAUGCGUAACACAAACAAUCACAAUAUUAAUAUAUUAAAAAAGAGUUGUCUCGGAGUACUAUAUUGCACGGCCAGAUGUAAACUGCCUAACGGUAACAUUAUAAAUUUGCGGCCAGCCAUUUGUGAUAAAGCGCGUCGUAAGCAGCAGGGAAGGCAGUGCCCUAAUCGAAAUUGUUCGGGUCGGCUAGAAAUACAAACUUGUAAAGGGCACUGUGGUUAUCCAGUAACUCAUUUUUGGCGUCGGGCCAAUAAUGUCAUCUUCUUUCAAGCGAAAGGAACUCAUGACCAUCCAAGGCCUGAAGUAAAGGGUUCAACUGAAACUCGACGUCUCUUUGGUAACAGUCGGCGAGUACGCAACGAUUCAAUUGCCCUUUCACGUGGAAAAACCAUCCGUAAUUUAGAAAACAAACAUCAAAGUAAUGCAAGUUGCCUAAUAAAUGCUCCUCAUGAUCUAAACUUAAUGGAAAAACACAGCAUUGUUAAUCAUUGUGGUAUUUAUGAAAGCUGUCACAAAGUGGUUCCUUUGGCGCACAAGCAGGAAACUUCGGAACAUCUAAAAAUUUUGCCAGCAACUUCAUCUUUCAUGCCUUCAAAUUUGUAUGUUAAUGCCAACACGUUUUCGAGUAAUUCGAAUUUAAGUCAAAUGAGCUCAUCAUCUAACUUUCAUAGGCAUGAGAAUGCGUUUACAAUACUUGAAAAUCGUCAAACUCCAUCAGCUGUCACGUCUUCGGUAUCGCUUUAUUAUUCCCCGGCCAUGCAACGACAUCAGUUACAACAUCUAAACAGCGUAACUAAGACAGUGGACUUAAAUUCAGCAAAUGACGCUCAGUUUUGUACACCAGUAUAUCACGAUACUUAUCGCGUUAAUGAAAGUUAUGACGACACAUCGAGCGUAACGUCUAGUUCAGGGUAUAAUUCAGAUGAUUAUUUUCCUUCCUCUGUGCCAUGCUCUUCGUCUUCCAGCUCUCUUACCAUCGUUAACAACCAGAGGCAGGAAUUUGCCAGGUCGGUUGCAUACUUUGCUGCACAAACUUCUGAAAUAUUUAACACGAUGUUUGAACCGUUUGAACCAGUUGCAAUGCCACAAAUUCCACUGCCUCACAUUUCCAGAGAUCUACCAGCGGUUGAUGAUUAUCAAAUCACAAGUUCUUUCGAAAAGAACGCAGAAAAUCAUCAGAUACAAUACCAGUGCUCAACCUCCGAAACCAACACAAAUACCGAUUUUUACUAUUGUAAUUCAGGUGUCGACAAUGCUGCUUGGAACAUUUGUAUUUAA